GAACAAUUCACCAAUUUACAAUCACUGUCUGCAAUGCCUUCUUUGAUAUCACUAUUACAGCAAACACAAAGCCAAACACCGCAGCUGCACGCCUUCCCGAAGAAUGCAGACAUUUUACGAAUCAUUUGAAAGCACAACCACUGAAUUUGGAUACUCCAACUUACACAACAUAAUGCGCCUGAGAGAUUCGUUAAAGGGCCGAGCAAAGGAAUCUGUAGAAUCCCUCUUAGGUAAUUCAAGCAACGUCGCCGCCAUUUUGGAACUGCUGCAAGAAACAUUUGGCCGACCGGAACAGUUGAUCAGGAGCCAAAUUGAGAAAGUAAGGUCGGUGUCACCAAUAGCCAAUGACAAUCUUGAGGCACUCGUCAAUUACGCCAACAAAAAAUGCAACAUGGCCACAUUUCUAAAGAACGCCAAAGGUGAGCACCAUUUAACAAAUCCUUCGCUUCUAAGUGAAUUAGUGUCCAAGCUGUCAACCAAUCGCCAAAUGCAGUGGGCAGAAAAAUGUCUGCAGCUUCAGGAACCAGCCACUAUCGUUGAUUUUGCAAAUUGGCUUUCUACACUACGCCGCCUAGCCAAUAUGGUCAACGACACAUUGCCAAUUGCAAGCACAUCUGCUAAUCGCCGCCAUGUACCAACAACUACUUCACAAACAUCCACCCGAAAAUUUGCCUGCGUUGGAGUUUCUUCUGGUUAUCAAUGUCCAGUUUGUAAUGAUUCUACAACGGUGCUGCAGUGGAUCAGGUCCGACCACAGGAUGUACAAACAAUACGUGGCAAAUCGAGUGGCGGAAAUUUUAGAAAGCAGUCAGGUGGAACAAUGGAGGUGGUGUCCAGGUCCAAAUAAUCCCGCAGAUGAGGCAACAAGGGCAAAUCUAACCAAAGAAUAUGACCCGAACGGAAGAUGGAAAAAUGGCCCAAAUUUUUUAAUGAAAAAUGAGGUGGAGGGGCCGAAUGAAACAAAAACAAAUUCAGGUGCUGAUCGAAGUAAAGUGGAACUUCGUUCAAAGUAUAGAGUGCUGGUGGCAAGGCAAGUACAUUCAGUUGUACCUGAUAUUAAUCGUUUUUCGAAAUAUAGCACAUUAAAAAGGACUAUGGCGUGGGUGCUUCGGUACAUGCAUAAUUUGAGGUGCAAAUUAAAACAAAGUGCUGGUAGAUCUGGAGAGCUGUCAGUUGAUGAGGAAGAAGAAGCAGAGAAGUAUCUCUGUAAGCAAGUACAACAAGAGAUGUUUGGAGACGAUUUAGCCGAUCUUGCUACAAGACAAAGGUUGUCAGAAAAGAGCGAACUCAAAUCAUUAAAUCCGUUCAUGGACACCGAUGGUCUGUUAGGUGUUUCCGGAAGAAUUGAUAAUGCCACUUUCUUGUCUCUCGAUGCCAGAAGGCCGAUAAUUCUACCUAAAAAUCACCUGUUUACCAGCCUUUUAGUGGAAUCCUACCACGUUCGUUUUUGCCACAUCAAUGUUGCCACAGUUAUGAGCGAAGUUCGACAAAGGUUUUGGGUGCCAUCUCUUCGUCAGCUUUUGAAUAAAAUCAAGCUCAGAUGUCCUAUGUGCAAUGUUAGUCGAGCUAAGCCUACACAACCGCAAAUGGCUCCAUUACCUGUGGAUCGUAUUACCCCAUAUGUGCGACCUUUUUCAUAUACCGGCCUUAACUAUUUUGGCCCUGUCAAUGUUACCAUUCGCCGUCGUAAAGAAAAGAGAUGGGUAGCCCUAUUUACCUGUUUAACCAUCCGAGCCGUCCAUCUUGAAAUCUCCACCGAUCUGUCUAGCGAUGCCUGUCUGCUUUGUAUACGGAAUUUCAUCAACCGAAGGGGCGUUCCAGUGAUGAUUCGAAGCGACAAUGGGACAAAUUUUGUUGGCAUCGCCAAAGAGCUCCAAGGUACGUCUAAUUUUCUCGAUAUUAAUGAUUCGUUUCGUUCAAGUAUGACGGCUCUUGGCAUUAAAUGGGUCUACAAUACACCAAACAACCCUAGUGAAGGCGGCGUUUGGGAACGCUUAGUCCAGUCGGUGAAGAAGGCCUUGUAUGCGAUGUUGAAGGAACAUGCGCCCAAAUUGGAAACCCUUCAAGCUCUGCUCAUAGAGGCGGAGAAUAUGGUGAAUGCGAGGCCUUUAACUCAUAUUCCUGUUUCUCCUGAUUAUUCCGAGCCAUUGACACCCAAUCAUUUCAUUCUUGGAUGUCCCAACUCAACUCAUACACCAGCACCUUUUGAGCCAAGGCUAAUGUGCUUAAAAAAACAAUGGCGAGUGUUUCAGAACAUGAAAAAUGGCUUGUGGAAUCAGUGGGUGCAUGAGUAUCUGCCAGAUUUGACCCGACGCACAAAAUGGUGUCUGCCUUCUCAGCCAAUGAAAGUGGGAUGCCUAGUCUUCUUGUGUGAUGGUGAGCUGUCGAGAAGUCAAUGGAAGAGAGGUCGAGUCAUCCAAUUGUUCCAUGGCAAAGAUGGUGUGGCAAGAUCAGCUGAGGUCCGUACUAGUGCUGGUGUAUAUCGUCGUCCUGUUUCGAGAUUAGCUGUCCUUGACGUUGAAGCGCAUGAUGGUGAAGCCUCCCCUCUGGGUCAGUUCACGGGGGUGGGGAUGUUGGUGAGGGUAACCCUGGUGUUACCAAUAUUUGAAUCAACUGUCAACAAUUCGGAGAAAUGGAGAAAUUUCCCCAGCCAACAACGUCAUUUUGUUUAUUUAUUUUUUGUUGUAAUUUAUAAUCAUCUCAUUGGUAUAAAUAAGCCUGUUAGCCCUUUAUUAGCCUCUUUUGUCGCCAUAGUAAAAAAAAUAAGUGAGUCAAGUGCUUUGUAUAAAGUUUAAAUUUUCAUAAUUUUAUUGUGUUAAAUUCAUUUUAAAAUGUUUAUUAUUACCUGUUUUCCUUUCAAUUUAAUAUUUGCUUAAAGAGAAUAAACAACCCCUAUGUUAACAACAUCAACAACGUGAACAUCAACGGCAUUGUUAACAACAACGAUCACUCAUUAACCAUCAAAUAAAAUCUUUAAUUUGCCAAACGGAA